ACGGGGAAGGAGACUAUUGAGGACCUGCAGAAGCCUGCUGAACCGGUAGAUUUGAUAGAAGUUCAGGAAAACCCUGAAGACAGGCAAGAUAUCCGCUUGAAGAUCAAGAAACUCAUUCCUUUGGGGCACAUUGUCACUGGAAAUAACGAGAUAGUUGAUUCCAAAUCUCAAGAUUUCUCUCUCAAAUCAAGUCUCGAAGGGAAAUCUAAUGAAUCUUUUGGGAUCAAGAGUUCUUCAGCCAAGAAAAGAUGCGCUGGAUUCAAUGUCGAUUCCUCCAUGUACCAAAUAAUCCUGAACGGGUCUGAUCCUUGUGGGAAUUGGAAUGGGAAAUUGCCUCCAGUUCUCGAAAAGGAUCCCGCGAAGGAACAUAUAUUAGACCAAGAUGAAGCUUUGACAACUGAAAAGAAUGUCAUUUCGCCUGAUAUGAAGCCUUCGAAACCGUUCAAGAACUGCUCAGAAACCGAUUCAAAGAGUCCUUGCUAUAGACACAACAUUGAUCCCGUGAUGUUUGCCUUUGCGCCACUCGAUCCUGAUCCUUGUGUCGCCCACACCACGAAGCCUGAAGAUGUGGGGAUCUCUGAAAAGAAGGAGAGACAAGAUGAUCCUUGUAGGGAAUAUCGUGCUGGUGCAACCUCAAGCAUUCCUGGGCCAAAUAUCUUGAUAUCCAAACCUUGUGGGAAAAGGAAGAAGAGUGAAGAAGCCGCGAAGAAAGACAAGAAAUUACCUGAAAUAAAUCCUUUUGUUUCUCUUCUCUUGCGCUUUGGCGGCUGCAAAGAUGAAGAUGUGGGCGAUGCGAAGCCUGCCAAAACGCCCGUGACUUCAGUCAAUACGGAGACGAUGAAGGACAUUGUCAGCAAGACCGUGGAAAAGGUGCGCGGAAAGGAUUCGAACCAAACGAAGCAGGGAAAGAUAAUUGCAGUUAUUGGAGCUGUGGUUGAUGUGAGCUUCACUGAGGAUGACUUGGAUUUGCCGAGCAUCUACACAGCGCUCACGGUUGCGCGCCAAGAUCGCCCGCCGCUGAUCCUCGAAGUGGCUCAGCACUUGGGCAACAGAGUCGUUCGCACAAUCGCCAUGGACGGAACUGAUGGUUUGGUGCGCGGACAGGGAGUUUGCAACACACUGAACCCCAUCUCGGUGCCGGUGGGAACGGGAGUUCUCGGGAGGAUCAUGAAUGUUAUAGGCGAUCCUAUCGAUGAUCGCGGCCCCAUCAAGUGCACAGACACUCGCCCCAUUCACACGGAUCCUCCGGAGUUUGUGGAGCUAAAUGUGCAGCAGGAGAUCCUCGUGACGGGCAUAAAAGUCGUGGAUCUUCUGGCGCCGUACACGAAAGGUGGCAAGAUUGGCCUCUUUGGCGGCGCUGGCGUGGGAAAGACUGUUCUGAUAAUGGAGCUGAUCAACAAUGUGGCCAAAUCUCAUGGUGGAUACUCAGUGUUCGCGGGCGUUGGCGAGAGGACACGCGAGGGAAAUGAUUUGUACCACGAGAUGAUUGAAGGAGGCGUGAUUUCACUGAAGGACAACUCUUCCAAGGUGGCUCUGGUGUAUGGACAGAUGAAUGAACCUCCGGGAGCCAGAGCUCGUGUCGCUCUCACUGGUCUCACGAUUGCUGAGUACUUUCGUGAUCAUGAGGGACAAGAUGUGCUGUUCUUCAUCGAUAACAUCUUCAGAUUCACCCAAGCUGGAUCGGAGAUGUCGACACUGUUGGGCAGAAUUCCCUCAGCUGUGGGCUAUCAGCCGACUCUGGCCACGGACAUGGGGAAUUUGCAGGAAAGAAUCACCAGCACCAAUCGAGGCUCCAUCACAUCUGUCCAGGCAGUGUAUGUGCCAGCCGAUGAUCUCACAGAUCCAGCGCCAGCCACAACUUUUGCCCAUCUCGACGCCACGACUGUUCUCUCGCGCGCCAUCGCCGAACUGGGCAUUUAUCCAUCUGUCGAUCCCUUGGACUCCACGUCGCGCCUCAUGGAUCCCAAUGCCAUCAGUGAGGAUCACUACAACACUGCGCGUGGCGUGCAGAAGAUCCUGCAGAACUACAAAUCGUUGCAAGACGUGAUCGCUAUUCUGGGGAUGGAUGAGCUAUCGGAGGAGGAUAAGCUGAUUGUGGGCCGAGCCAGGAAGAUACAGCGAUUCCUCUCGCAGCCCUUCCAGGUUGCCGAAGUCUUCACGGGAAUGCCGGGCAAGAUUGUGGCGCUGGAGCAGACAAUUGAUGGAUUCCAGAGGAUCCUCAGUGGCGACAUGGAUCACAUUCCGGAGAUUGCUUUCUACAUGGUGGGCGGAAUUAAUGAUGUGAUGGAGAAGGUAAAGAAGCUCACAGAGUGAUGCGAUAGAUGUUGAAGUUCCCUUCGUACACUCCAGUUAUGAUCCAUUCACUGGAAGUUGAUUUUCUUUAGUUAGUGUUUCUCUCCAGUUUGUGUUGUGAAAUAAAUUAUCACCUGUUGUUGCUGAU